UAGUAUCAUACACCUCUGCGCAGCAUACCUCAAAAUUCAAAUAUUCUUCUACUCACUGCAGAAACCCUCUUCUUCUCCACUUUCAUUCCUCCACCGCCCCACCUCCUUCACCGGCGACUCCACCGUAUCUCUCUCCUCUGUACACAAUUUCAGUUUUGCAAGCAUAUCCAUUCCAUCACUUCACUUCACCAUAGCCACACCAUAAUUGGAGUCGUGUUCAUGAUUCAGAACUUGGGGAUUUUAGCGUGUCGAGCUAGAUAUAUUUUGCUGAGAGAAAUAUGGCGUGGAGAAUUUUCGCAUCACCACUUUUCAAUAAAUUUCACUUCCACAAUAAUCUCAUCCCCUUCUUCUCCUCCAAUUUCUUACUUCGCAGAACAAGUUUGAACUAUGAUGUUAUAUGCAAGGUUUAUGGGCAGGAACCUAUAUUUGGCCACCUUCAGGAUUUGAAAGUUCCUUGCAUAGUAGGGUGCCUAAGCUUUCAUUCAGGUCCAUUUUCAAAGUUUAAUAAUGAUAAUAAGGUUGUGGAGCAACUUCAAGAUUCUGAAAAUUCCCCUAGUACUAAUGGUGAUGAUGUCAAAAUAAUGAGGAAAAAAUUCAAGGGGAAAAGAGCUGUUGUAAGGUGGCUUAAGUUCUUUAGAUUUAAGAAGAAGAAAGAGUAUGAAAGGAUGACCACAGAGGAAAGAAUUUUAUACAAGUUACUAAAGGCUAGAAAAAAAGAAGAAAGACUUUGUGAAGCUCUGAAGAAGAUUGAGCCGACAGAAUCAUCAGAAACAACCCAUGAUCCUGAGAUAUUGACACCGGAAGAACAUUUUUUCUUCUUAAAGAUGGGCCACAAAUCCAAAAAUUAUGUGCCAGUUGGAAGAAGGGGAAUUUACCAAGGUGUAAUUUUGAACAUGCAUCUACAUUGGAAAAAACAUCAAACUUUGAAAGUGGUGGUGAAGACAUUUUCACCAGAGGAGGUUAGGGAGAUUGCCACGGAUCUGGCAAGAUUGACUGGUGGUAUAGUGCUCGACAUUCAUGAAGAUGACACAAUAAUAAUGUACAGAGGCAAAAAUUACUCUCAACCACCAACAGAGAUAAUGUCUCCACGUGUCACUCUUUCAAGAAAGAAGGCAUUGGAUAAAUCAAAAUAUAGGGAUGGCCUCCGAGCUGUAAGGAGAUACAUUCCCAAACUUGAGCAAGAGCUCGAAAUUCUUCGAGCACAACUUAAAAGCACAGCUGAAAGUAACACAGAAGCUGCCGAGGGAAUCCAAAUAAGUGACAAAGUGAGUGUUGAACCAAGUAGUGUUUCAGAUUUCCAGCUAGAGAAAUCGGAUAAACUUCGUGCAAUGAUAAAUGAUAACAAUGGAUGCUCAGAGGAUGAGGCAGAUAUGGACUCUGAUUUCGAUUCAUAUUCUGAUAAAUUAUCAGACAUCUUUGAGACAGAUUCAGAUACAGAGAACUUUGUAAAGGAGAAGAAACGUCUUUAUUUGGACGAAUUUAAUCAUUUUCCAGAGCGAAGUGAUGGAGACACAGAUGACUUAGAGGAGCAUCUGCAACAAAUAUCGUUGAACUCCAAAAACAUGAAAAAAGAUGCUGAGUUGCCUAAGUUUGACGAAGUUGACCGCAUUUUUCUGCGUGCUGCAUCAUUUUUACAGAAGAAGAGAAAAUGAGACUGAUCAUUGUACUUGAUGUACUUUAUUUUGUUGGGAGAUGGCAUUAUAGUAGUGAUUUUUGGAGGAGGUAAUCCUAUUUCAUUUAUGGAUUAACAGUAUUUUUGGUCGUGAAAUAUAUGCCCAAUCUGAUUGUAGUCUCUGAAUUUUCUUUUUAUUUAUUUAUUUAUAAAAUUGUCCUAAAAGUUUAGAUUUUUUCACUAUCAAUCGCUACAGCCAAUCGUUGUCCGAAAAUGAUGGUGAGAAAAUAACUGAUGUGGCAAACAAAUGGCUUAAAUGUCCUAUUUUUAAUGAUGUAUAAUUUUUUAUGACUCA